AAAUGGUCAAUAGCAAAAUUUUUACAUUCCUUGAAAUUAUCAAAUCGGUGCAUCUUGAAUGGGUUGUGCUUUUCAAGGUUCUCAAUUCUCACAAGUUUCUGCAAUAGCCAUUAAGCAGAAAGGGAAGGGCGGCCCCAGACCGAGAGGUUGCGAAACUUGUCCGCAGUGCAUGUCGGCGUCUCUCUUCUCUGAAACCCUUCCGGGUUUUUCACAUUCUCUUUUCCGAUUUUCUUUGAAAUAACUCCACUGAGGAGUGACACAGAUCUGAGUAUGGAGUUUUCUGUGAUUAGUGGAAUCGUUUGAUCAAAGCAUUUUGUUCUACUGUCUUAAUUAUUUUCUUCUGUAGGUGAAGCUUUUGGUUUUUUUACUUAUUCCUUUUGUUGCUUUCAAUCGUUUUCGGGGUUUUAUUUUGGGGCAACUGAAACCCAGAAAACCCCACAAACCCUAGACCAUGAAGGGAACACCUAAGGAUUCAGAGAAGCUACUCUGGGAUCAGAUGAGGAGCAACUCUGGUAACCCCAUUUCCGUUUCCUCCGGUCCUUCCCGGACUCUCUCGAAGCUCAUGGUCUGGCUCAUCAUUUUCAUUUCUCUUACCUACGUCGUUUACACAUUGAAACUCGUCUCCAGUUCAUGCAACUGUAACGAAGAUUCUUUGGGUCCUCUCCACCUUCUAUCCACUUCAUCUCGAGUGUCCAACCUUAGAGCUUCCACUGCAGAGUCGAAUCAGAAUAGGACGGUUCAAUCUGUCGGCCACGCCGAGAACCCCAAAAUCUCCCAAAAAUUGGGGCUACAGGACAUUGUCUUUGGCAUUGCAGCUUCGGCGAGGCUGUGGGAACAGAGGAAGAACUACAUCAAGCUCUGGUGGAAACCAAACGAAAUGAGGGGGAUUGUGUGGUUGGAUAAGCCUGUAAAGACGCAGCAGGACGAAGCGCUCCCGCCUCUGAAGAUCUCAGGCGAUACGUCGCGGUUCACUUAUAAAAAUCGGCAGGGUCACCGCUCGGCGAUUAGGAUCUCGCGGAUCGUGUCGGAGACGGUGAGAUUGGGAAUGGAGGACGUGAAGUGGUUCGUGAUGGGAGAUGAUGAUACGGUUUUUAUCGCAGAGAAUCUGGUUAGGGUUUUAUCGAAAUACGACCACAAUCAAUUCUAUUACAUUGGGAGCUUGUCAGAGAGCCAUCUGCAAAACAUCUACUUCUCAUAUGGCAUGGCUUACGGCGGUGGAGGGUUUGCCAUUAGUUACCCAUUAGCGAAGGCUCUGGAGGGAAUGCAAGACAGAUGUAUUCAAAGAUACCCAGGAUUGUACGGUUCCGAUGAUCGGAUGCAAGCUUGCAUGGCCGAGCUCGGCGUUCCCCUGACCAAGGAGCUCGGAUUUCAUCAGUACGAUGUGUAUGGAAACCUGUUCGGGUUGUUGGCAGCGCAUCCAGUGGCGCCAUUGGUGUCGGUGCACCAUCUGGAUGUGGUGGAGCCCAUUUUCCCGAAUGUGACACGGGUGCAGGCGUUGCAGCGUCUGAUGGAGCCCAUGAAGCUGGACUCGGCUGGGCUGAUGCAGCAAUCUAUCUGUUACGACAAGGAGAAGACGUGGACAGUGUCGGUGUCGUGGGGAUUCGCCGUUCAGAUAUUCAGGGGAGUUUUUUCUCCGAGGGAAAUGGAGAUGCCGUCAAGAACAUUUCUCAACUGGUACCGCAGGGCGGACUACACUGCUUACGCCUUCAACACCCGACCCGUCAGCCGCAACCCAUGCCAGAAACCCUUCGUUUUCUAUCUCUCCAACAACUCAAGAUUUGAUACCGACACGCAGCGGACGGUGACGGAAUACGUGCGGCACAGGGUCCCUCACCCCGAUUGCAAGUGGAAGAUGCCGAAUCCUUCGAAAGUCGAUAGAAUUGUGGUUUACAAGAGACCUGACCCGCACCUCUGGGAUAAGUCUCCGAGAAGGAGCUGUUGCAGGAUUUUGGCUUCCGAGAGCGGUGUUGGUAGUGGUAGCGUUUCGAUUCAUGUGGGUGUAUGUAAGGCUGGUGAGAUUAGUCAAAUAUGAGAAAAAAAAAAAAAAAAGAA